AUGCUGCUGUCGUUCGGUAGUGGGAGUGCAGCGCAUGUGGCGAUCGUGACGGGCGCCGGUCGUGGUCUCGGGCGCGCCUGGGCGCAGACGUUAGCUGAUCGAGGUGUUCGAGUGGUUGUCAACGACAAUGACACCGAUCGGUCACUGGUCGAUGCAGUCGUGCAGGACAUUUGCAGUCGAGGCGGCGUCGCAGUGGGGGACUACCACUGCGUGACGGACGGCGCAAAGAUUGUCAAGACGGCGAUGGAGCACUUCAAGCGCGUGGAUAUCUUGAUAAAUAAUGCUACUGUUAUCCGUGACGGAUCGUUUCGCAAGAUGACUGACAAGAACUGGGACGACGUGUACCGGUCGAGCUUGCUAGGGACUUUCCGCGUGACGCAGGCAGUGUGGGGUAUCAUGCGUCAGCAAGAGUACGGCCGGAUCCUCAAUUGCGUGUCAAGCUCUGGCCUUUAUGGCAACUUUGGACAGGUGAACUACGCUGCCAUGAAGAUGGGGCUCGUGGGGUUCACCGUGGCCCUUAAUCAGGAAGGUGCCAAGUACAAUAUCGCUGUGAAUGCUGUGUCUCCUGUAGCUGGCACGCGGCUCACACAGCCAGUGUGGCCGGAAGACAUCUACGCCAAGCUGACGCCCGAGUUGACAUCGCCGAUCAUUGUGUACCUGUGUCACCCGUCGUGCAAAGAUAACGGGAAGUUGUUCGAACUGGGUGGAGGAUGGGUCGGCGCUCUCCGUCUGCAGCGCACGCAUGGUGUUGGCUUCCCCACCGACCCCACGCAGUUUACGCCUGAGCUCGUGGCAGAGCAAUGGCGAGGAGUGGUGGACUUUAGCCGUGUGACACAUCCGACGUCGACGCAAGACUCGUUCGAACCCAUGAUGCGCAACGUGACGGCGCCGCCCAAGUCUUUGACUACACCUCGUUCCAUCGAGUGUGCCGAGGUGUUCAAUCGACUGCGAGCUACGCUGCAGGAAAAGGGACAGACGCUCUGCAAGCAGAUUUCGGGCGUGCUCGAGUGGCACAUCAACAAGGAGGUCUGGACAAUAUCGUUGUUGAAUGGCAAAGGCGUUGUGAUCGAAGGCAGCGGUCCGCGCUUGGCACCGGAUCUCCAGAUUCACAUGGACGAGCAAGACUUUCUGGACUUGGCAGCGGGUCGACUGCGGGUGCAGCAGGCACUGAUUCGGAAGAAGCUGCGCUUGCAGGGCAAUCUCAAGAUGGCGAUGAAGCUGCAGCCGUUUGCCGAUCUCUUGCUGCAGCAGUACAGCGCGCGGCUAUGA